UCAACAGGUUACAGGUUUUCAGAGUCCAGUUAAUACGACAUGGAUGAUGAGAGGCAGAUAAUCAGUGAUUCAGUAAUUACCGUGGGGAAACCUUGAUUUGUGACUCCAGCUGUCCAGUGGUCCCGCUAUGCGUUGCGUUCUGAAAACGCAGCCCUGGGUGUUGACAGAUGAGAGCAUACAGAACCGAACCACAGCAGAGUGGAGACGGACCAGACUCGGAUCUGUUGGAAGUCUGGCGUAACUCAGGAGUGACUAGACUCUUCAGAACUGUCUACUUCAGAGCUACAAGAGAAGCUGUUCUGUUGUACCAAUCUGAAGGAUCUCUCGUCAUUGUAUCGAGCUGCCGUGACUGUCAGCCCUCCACCUGUGGACUAUGCCCCCCUCAGUCAGCUGAGGGAGGGGGCUCAGCGCUGCUCAGACUCCCAUCUGGAAAAAGCUUGGGCUGGAAUCAAAGAGGAGACGGUAAGGUUGAUGCUGAAGAUGCAAGCCUCAACUGUCUCACCUGUGAGCAGCACUACACCUGUGAACACCACAGCCGUCACCAAAUCCAAGGAACAAGUACUCAUCCAGAGUUCUGGGGCGAUGAUCGCUGUCAUCGUCAUUGGCAUCAUAAUCAUUCUCGCCAUUCUACUGAUCAUUCUGAAGACUUACAACAGGCGGACACAUGUCUCCAGAGUCCUGGGAGCCAGCAGCGGCUCCAAACCUCGUCAGAAGCUGUCCCAAUCCACCCUACAAAGCAGCAUACCGAUGAGCCCCAUAGGGGUCAACUCUGUGACAGGCAGCAUCCCCAGUUCAAGCCCUGUCCCAGACAACGGCUUCCGGCUGCCCCGAGCGGAGCUUAGCAGCCUGGAGGAAAACCACAUAGAGCAGAACAGCACCAACAGCGGCUCCACUGCAGUCACCAUACAUGAAACUCCAUCAUUAGAAAACACAUAACAGAGGGAAUGAGGGUUUGGUCUCACAACAGGCACUGACUGAUCUGCUGUCUUCAUACUGUGUGCUGACUGAAUCCUGUGGAAACUCAAGCGUCAAUGUCGACGCCGUCAAUCUCCACGAAUUGAGCCACUGCUGGUGACUACACAGAUGACAAGAUGUCCUUUUGUUUAACAAAAAUAAACACCAUGAACAAAGUGGUACCAUACACUGACACAAUGGAUUACAUGAAGGAUGAUACAUAACAGAAAACUGAGACUUUGUUAUGAAGAAUUGCUUCUUGGCUACAGUCAGUGUUCACAUUUUAGAUGCCAUAAGUUUCUUACAGUUUGGACUUUUAUUUUUUGCAGAUGUUUGAUCACAACUGAAAUAAUGAGGAAAAAGACUGUAUUGGCUUGACAAUGUUUCUCUUAAGUGUGUACAUUUCCAGAAGACCACAUAGGGUUAUGAGUAAAUGUAGAAUAAGUUUAAACUUCAGAUGAAGACAAUAUAAAAGAUCUAUGUUUGAGAAAUACUACUAACUAAAUGUGGUUUACUCUUCAAUGUAUAUUGUCUGGGUCUUCUAAACUAAGACUCAAGCAGAUUAGUGUCUGUCUUAUUAAGUGUCUGUUUGUAUAAUGAAGAAAUCGCAGAGAUAUUUUGUGAGACAUCUUGGUGUCAGCCCAACACCCAGAUGUGAUUCUUUUUUAGUCUGACACAAAAGGCUUUUGCACUUUAUUUUUGAUGAUCCUUGUAUUUGAAUUGUUUGUGGUUCUUUCACUGAA